UUCUUUCGCGCAUUUGAGUAUAAGAAUUAAGAAAGAUCGCGGUCGCUUACUCAUUAUUUCGCGUGGUGAUGAAUAUAAAAUUUCUCAAUUAGUACCAUAUGCCGAAAUGACGAUAAACGAGACGUGCGAACCGGUUUCUCCCACUCCGCGAAAGCUGCCAGCUAUUAGGGAGAUUCCCUCAAUUUGCGAGACGCAUCUAAGUUUAGUAAUGCGACAUUAUCUCGAACACGCUGAAAUACGGUGCGAUACGGUGCGCGAUCAAUGUUCGUAUAAUCAAUCGGUAUAGGCCUCGAGAUAAACGGAAAUACGCUCGUGACUACCUCGCGAAAUUAACGAGGCGCUUUUUAAUGCCUUAUUUACCAUCACUUAGCGAAUUAGCUUCUCUUUGUUAUUCGCCCCAUCUCCCAAGGAUGAAUACAUAUUGAAGUGUUUAACGUAAUUUGCCGUUGAAUUGACUUUUCGACCUUUUUUUUUCUGUGAUUCUGUUUUUACAACUCAAACUUUCUUGUUUUCUUUUCCUUUUCGACGAAGCGCGGUGGGAGCCUUUUUAUUAAUUGAAAGCGCGAUUGUUAUCGAUUAAAUUUACCGUUCAAAGAUAAUCGAUUUUUUAUCGCGAUCGAUUUUUGUAAUUAAUCGGUUUUAUCUUUCUCCCCAUUUUCGUUUUACUCUCGCACACUGCACAUUAGCAGCUCUCAACGUUCAAUCGUCCACAGUUAAUUUUCUACAAAAAUGCCAGUCGAGAAUACCGCUGGAGAUCGAUUAUCCGUCUUAUGACAUUGUCGCGUUCCGUACUGCUCGCGUAUAGCACAGCGACAUCAGAAUACGGUAUUGUUUCUCAUAACCUUGCGUCGCCUUGCGCAGCCCAGAUCGCCGAGAAGAGUCGGAAAGUGAAAUUGACGGCGAAACGCUAACGAACCUUGACUAGCGUGUCGAAAGAGAUGUGCAAAACGCGUCUCGGCCCACCUCCGGUCACGCAGCUGUACCGCUUCGACUCUGACGUUGAGGAAAGCGAGGCGAUAUCGUUCGUCGCCACCGCGUCCAAGCUGGCCACCGUGGAAGAUGAGGGUCCAAAGCGGCCCGAAGGCCCCAUCCGAUCAUCCGCCGCCUCCCUAAAGGUCUCACCCACGGCAAGGGCGACUCUCCAGGCGUUAAGGUCACCGAAGAGCAAACUAGUUACUCGCGUUAGUACCCGCGACGCUGAGACCAUCACGGAUGUGUGCAGUGGCGAGGAGCUGCCAGAAGUCGAGAUAAUCAGCCUGCUGGAAGAGCAAAUACCGAGAUAUCGUCUCCGGGCCGACACCCUAACGCAGUUCCAAGGUUACGAGAACGCUGAUUGGUUUAUCCCGGCGCCUGCUCUCAAAUCGGAGGACGUUGAUUUGAAAUUAUCGCCGGAUCAGAUCCGGGAGACUCUUAACUACUUUAUCUUAUGUAGCAACCGGGUGAGCCAAAUGACCAAGACCUAUAAUGACAUAGAGGCAGUUACAAGGCUUCUGGAGGAGAAAGAAAAAGACUUGGAGCUGACAGCGCGCAUUGGCAAGGAACUGUUAGCACAUAAUCAAAAGCUCGAGACCACAGUGAACGCGUUAGAAACUGAGCUUAAGGAAGCGAACGAGAAGAUUACCCAGUUGAACCAUGAAGUGUUGAAGAAGACCGAGUUGAUACAGAUACUAACGAAUGAUGUCGACGAAUCUAGCUCGGAGGCCGGAACUCCCACCGGUCUGCGCGGUAUUAAUCUGGAGAUGUUGCAGAGAAAGGUUACCUCUCUGGAAGACGAGAAUAAGCAGCUCCGCGGUGAGUUCGCAAAACUGGUGCACGAUACCGACAAUUCCGAAGAACAGGAGGCACAACUUGUAAAGGAUAUUGCAGCGCAAUUAGCAAACGCCAACAUGGAGGUGGAUGGCAUUGCGGAGGAGCUUGGCCGGCAGAAGGAUGAGAAUCGAUUGCAGCAUGAACAAAUAAUUAGUCUUACUGCGAAAUUAGCUGAGACGGAGCUUAGGCUCGCUCAGCUGAUGGCCGAGCACGACGAAGUAGGAGCAACUCUAGUCAUCACUAGGGAUAAUCAAAAUACACUUGCCGCGGAACUAGCUGAAUUCAAAGAACGAUAUGCGGAGGUGGUGAACUUACUAGCCGAAACGCAAGAGCUGUUGCGAAAACAAAGAAAACGCGGAAUGCCGACUGUACGCGGAGGAUCGCUAUUCCCGUCGAUGGGCGCGGCGCCUCAACCGGAUUCUAUUGCUUCGGAGUUGGAAUCGUCUCUCUACUCGGAAUUAAGCAUUGAUUCUGGAAUUGGUGCAGGCGACAGAAUACCACCAUACAAGAAAGUGUUUGAAACCGUUCGUACAGCAUCUCGAGCAGCACAUUCGGGAAUGGAUCCUAAUCAGUUUCCUAGAUUAAGUUCUAUGACGACAUCGACACUAUCCAGCAGUUCUGUUGGUCCGCGAAUGAGUUGUGGGCAAAUGCGACCGCAAGCAUCCACAUUUCCCAGUUUGGAUUCUACCGGUCAUAGUGAGAGCGAAGGAUCCUUACUCAUAGAGUCAGAAGAUUAUCCGGGACCGCAACGAAUUGGUGUACCUGGUGCUCCUGGUGCUGCUGAUUUGGAAGCUGCCAUACGUCGUCUGACACCUGCGGAAGUAUUAGCGAGGCGCGCAUGUCUCAGUACAGGCGCUGGUUAUAGUUACGAUUAUGACGGUGGCAUAUUACAUUCCCCGCCAACCUUCUUGCCUUUUGACUGUCGCACUCCGGAUAGCAUCAUGUCAACUGGCAGUAGCGGUAACCUAAGCGGCUUUAGUGGCAAUAGCGGUAAUGCUUGGCGCAUCCCACAAAAACUGCAGAUAGUCAAACCAAUGGAAGGCUCUCAGACGUUGCAUCACUGGUCGCGAUUAGCGACACCAACAUUGGGCGGAUUGUUGGAGGACAGACCAGGCGUAAAGACUAGAGGUGGUCGUGCUCUCGAAGAUCUCGGUCUGAUAACGUUCGCGUUAAGCGAUUUGGAAGAAGAUGAAGAAUAUACUAAUCCCGGUAAACCGUUCCAAGAUACUGGUUCCAUCUACACCUUUACUAAUAGCACUGUAAUGCAUCCGGAUGAUCAUACCGUCAGCAGCGUGACGCCAAGUAUCGUUAGUAGUCGCGUUGCCUCGGCGCCCAACAGUGGUAUGAACUCCGGCAUGAGUACCCCUCGCACACACAGCCGUCGCAAUUCAACGUCAACAUUUUCUACCACGCUUGGAUUGGCCAAGAUGCUGAAUGAAAGGGGAAUCAAAGCUGUCACGCCUUCGUGCAUAAGCACGCCUAAUGAUGAGCGGAAUUUCUCACCGACCGCUACACCGUGUAACAGUCCGGAUGCGAGUCUGUCACCAAGGUCAUCGUCACCACCACCUGAGAGUGCCGCUUCGUUGACAUUGGGAUUGCUUAGCACCGGAGCAGAAUUAUUGAGGCGUACUUUCAGUUACGAGUCGCCGGCGCCGGUGGAAAUUAAAAAGAAAAGACCGAAGUCAACGAUCUCGCGCUCCGAUAAGAAAGCUCUUACAGGGAUACGUCUGGUGGAGAAAUUGGAAAGAAUUGGUAUAGAUACGAUCAUAGCUACUACGGUUAGUUCAUCGAUCUCACCAUUAGCUCUACAGGGUGCUUUAUACACGCGACGUUCGACUGGAAGUCCAAUGGCACAAUUGACUUUCCUCAAAACUUCGAUGUCCUCCAGUACCAGCCAAGAAAAGUUAAUAUCUCCCUCAUCUUCAAUAUCCUCCACUGACGAAUUUCCAUCUAGUAAAUCGCAAUUAUUGCCGGGCAAACGAGAUGACAGCAAGCAGCCUGAACCAAGCGUGUCUGGUUCCAAUGCAUUUAACUCGAGAACAGCGGCUCUGUCGCCGGAUCGACAACGACGAUCGGGUGCAAGAGCGACAAGGCCCGAUCUAGGACGAGUUAAGCCACCUCCAGUUCCGACGCCUGUAACUAAAGAAUCUAAACAAUCGGCAUUGGGAGCAAUAAGUUCGCUUCUUUUUGGUCGUAAGGGUGGCUUGUUGUGAAUAUUUUGUAGAGCAUGUAAUGCGAUAGAGGGCGAAUUAUUCAAUUCCAGCGAAUUAUUUUUUAACGUAUUCACAGAGAAAGAGCUCGUUUUUUUAUUGCCUGGAGAACUUGGUUCAUGCGAUUCUAUUUGGAUACACGAUAUGCUCCUGUCGUCAGUAUUAUUGAUUGUCUACACUUUUUGACGUAUUCACUGAUUUGUAUACAGUAAUUUUCGAAUCUAACGUGGUGAAUCGUUGUAAAUAAUCAUGAUGAUAUUAACAUUAAUAAGAUAUAAAUCAGGUUGCUAAAUACUCUAUAAUAAAGAUGGUAUUUUAAGUUUUAUCCUAAAUAUCAUGAAUUAAAAGUGAGACAUAUAUAUAUAAAAUGGCAAAAUAUACUUUGUACAGUGAAAGUACGCAAAGUCACUAUAUAUUUUAAAUUUUGUUUUAAAAUCUAUAAUUAAAAACAGAAAGCUGGAUUUUUGAUAGUUUGUGAUAAAUGAAAGAAACUUAACUAUUAGUAUGUAAACUACUAGCUCAAAUGAAGGUAAAAGAUUAUUUUAUCUUGUGAUUGUAUUAAGACCUUCAACUAUGUAUUUAUGGACUGCUAGUUGUAAUAUUUGUGUAUUGUAUCAUAUUUAGUGUUUUAAAAGUUUUAAAACCGAGAUAUAUAUAAUAGAUCAUAUAAUUUAUCAAAUUAAUUAUAUUAAAAAAAUUAUAAUUACGCAUAAAUUAUGAAACUAUGAGUUAUUUAAUAAAUUUUUUUAUUUAGUAAUUUUUUAAGUUAAAAGAAAUUUGAUAAUAUAUUUUAAAUAUCUCUUUAAUAAAAGAAUGAUAAUAUAUAUCUUAGAAACUAACUAAAGGCUAAAAAGUGGCAAUUUUUAGUUUUAGUUUAUUUUUUUUAUUUUUUAUUUUAUUUUGUAUGUAUGGUUGAUGAAUAUUUAAUUUUUCACACAGAUUUGAUAAAUUAAACAUUUUUUAUAUUCGGGAACACUUCGCUCAAUAUUUUUUUACAAGAUGCAGGUCAUUCAGUACAGUCCAUAUUUUUACAUAGUUAAAGAUUGAAAUAAAUUUUUAACGAUACGAAAAAAAAAGAAACGAAUUAAGGAAAUUAUAAUGGCAGGGUAGUUAAUGAAAUUAAUAUCGUGUAUUCGAAAUUUUUAGCUAAUGACUGGAGAAUAAGCUGUUAUUAUAUCAAUGCAAUAUAAACAACCAAUAUACAAGGAGCAAGGAGGGACGCUGAGAAUGGUGCAUCGUACUAUAAUGCAUUAUUUUAUGUAAUUUAGCACAAAGUUAAAUUUGGUGCUAAUUUAUUUUCUUUAGCGUAUGCUUAAUGACGACAAGUAGUCAUAGUAGCAUCGAUGCUAUUGUCAGUCUUUGCACGCGGAAGAUUGUUGCAUUUAGCGUUGAUUUAUUAAAUUUGUACAUAGUUGAAUGAAAUGCAGCGAGGCGGUAAAGCGCCUCACAUUUAUUCUUUUAAUUUCCUUAGCGAUUUCUUUCGCGUAAACGUGGUAAUUUAUUGUAACUUUGUUUCCUGCAAGUGGGUCUGAGUUUUACAUAAGAGGACAAUGUACUAUAGAGAAGAGAGUGUUUAGCUCAACGCAGCCUUGUACAUAGACGUACAAAUUAAUAAAUUAAAUUGGAAAAUAAUGUUGUGUCGCUAUCCUACUUCGGUUGCAUUUCCGCCGACAUAUCCCUGCAUUGUUCUUCUGAUCGUUAGAGAGGCCUAGAAAUAGGCGGAAAAGAAUCGGCAGCGAAAUAGUUACGUGUGUUAUUGUAAAUAGAGCGAUUGACGGAAGCGAUCGUGGAAAUGCGUAUUUUAUUGCAAUUAUAAUCUGUACCGAUAUCUGAAAGAUGCAAAAUCAAACUUGGCAAAGUUUUGACUAAAAUAGUUUAUUUCAAUUAUUAUUCCCAUCAGAUAAUUUCAGAUUUCAAAACAAUUUCUCUUUAAAUUUAUCUUGAAAAAUGAAUUAUAUGAAAAUUUAAUAUUCUACAUAAUGGGCAUUUAGAAUGUGCUAAAAAUGCAUUUAGAUAGAAUGUAGCUAUCUUUUUUUGAACAAGAAGCAUAAUGUAUCAUAUCUUAAUUAUUAAGGAUCAUGCGUAUUGGUAUAAUUAUGAUAAAAUCGAGUGAAUGUAUAACUAUUGAACGGAAUGAAUAACGGAGAAUAAUCCGAUAUAGAUUCGCGUUGUUUUCUUAUGAAACCUGAUGAAAUCGAUGAAUAUGCAUUAUGCAAAAUGAGAUAUAAAUAGUAUAAAAUAUAAUGUGAAAAGUUUCCUGCGUAAUUUAUCAAGAAAUUUUACGCAAUUAAAUACAUUAUCCGGAUAAACCAGUUGUGCAUUCAGUUUUCACAGUAAACUAAAAAAAAAACAAGACCAAUCUGAAUUCUACAAAAACAAACAUCUAAAAGAGUGAAAAUUGAGAUUGUAGAAUUUUUUCAAAUGAUUUAUCACUCUAAUAAGAGUAGAAGAAAAUUCACUCUUAUAGACUAAAAAUUGAAUUUGUGUAUAAUUUUUGAGUGAUUUUUACUUUACAAAAUUUAGAGGUCUCACAAAACAACAAAUAGAUUAAUUUUCUUGAUUACAAUUGAGCUGCAUUGUUUCGACCAAACACUAUAAUAAAAUAAAACGAAUGUACAUACGACCAUUUAACGGAAUGAUUAUUUGGACAUGUAUUCGCACUAGUUUCCUACCUGAUAAGAUUGAUGGAAUCGAUAAAGAAUACGCUUUACUCAAAAUAAGAUUAAAUGUGUAAUGUGAAAAUUAACUUCUUACGUAAUUUAUUCAAAAAAUUUUAUAUACUUAAAUAGAUUAUCCGGAUAAAUUAGUUUUACAUUCAGUUUUUACAGCAAACGGGAAAGAAAUACAGCUACAAAUCAACAAAGAUUAAUUUUCUUGAUUACAAUUGAAGAACUAUAUUGCUUUGACAAACAUUAUAAUAAAAUCAAGUAUAUACGACUAUUUAACGAAAUGAGCAUUCGGAAUUUAUAUUCAUUGGUUUCCUAUGAAAACUGAUGGAAUCUAUAAAGAAUUAUGCAAAAUAAAAUAUAAAAAAAGUAAAUAUAAUGUGAAGAUAAAAAAUGUUCUAUGUAAUCUAUUCAUAUGAGUUGACAGGAUUAAACUCAAUACAGGAUUAAGUAGAUUAUGUGGACAAAUCAAUUUUUUUUACAUUCAGUUUUCACAGCAAACAGCAAAUCAAUAAAUAAAUUAAUAUUCUUGAUUAUGAUUGAAGAGCCGCAUUGCCUCAAUGGAUAAUGUUUCCCUAAGAAAUGUAAUUGUUACGUAGCUAUGAGUAAGGAAUCGUGUGUUAUUAUGUGGUUGUAUAUACUAAUAGCUGCUAGAAUAUGAAUACUGACAUGAGAUUGAGGCCUUAGUACGCGUAAAAUUUUCAUUUGUGUGGUAUCCGAUUUUAUUUCAGGUAUAUGAUGUAUUUAUGAUUAUUUAUUAUAUAUUUAUGGCACGUGUACUUGAAAAUCAUAUGCUUUUCAUCAUUCAACGCGACGAUUCGCCAUGAUUUAUUCGAUCGGAUAGUCACAAUUACGACAAGCAUGUUUGCAGCAAGCCCUUUGUCGAAGGUGCUAUGUAAGCAUUUUAGAUGGCAAGUAGAGAUAUAUCAUACCUCCAAAUUGAACAAUAAAUAUAUUUAAAUAUUAA